UAACUUAGCUUAAGUGUGGUUUAUGAUUUCUCCUAAGAUUACAACAAAUAACAUGCUAAUGUGCGAUUGCAGUCCUUCCUGUUUGCAAAAAUGGAGGCAGAGGGAAUAUCGGCCCCGUCGUCACUCUCUGCUAAGUUUGAGGGGUCCUUCGCCUAUCUGACUGUGAGAGACAGACUACCUACCAUACUCACAAAAGUGAUAGACACAUUACAUCGCAAUAAAGACAAUUUCUUCAAAGAAUAUGGAGAGGAGGGGACACAGGCAGAAAAGAGGGCCAUCUCUUUCCUGUCCAAGCUGAGGAAUGAACUGCAGACAGACAAACCUGUGCUGGCUCUGAUUGAUAAUGCUGAGGACACACAGACCUGGAAUGAAUACAUGCAAAGACAGCAGGACCUGAUGGAAGAUGGAAAGCCUGUCAGCUGGUUCAAGUCACCAUGGCUCUAUGUCGAGUGUUACAUGUACCGGAAGAUCCAGGAGGCUCUGUAUAUGAAUCCGCCAAUGGAUAAGUUUGACGUGUUUAAGGAGGGAAAGACGCAAAGCUACUUGGAAUCUCAACAGGCGAUUAAAUCCCUCUGUACAUACCUUCAGGAGCUCAUCACCAACAUGGAGAACAUGACUGAGAUUCAGCUGCGAGACAGUUUCCUCAAGUUACUCCAGGUCUCUCUGUGGGGAAACAAGUGUGAUCUGUCCAUCUCUGCCGGUCAGGACAACUCUCAAAAGUCUAGUCCCUUCGAUUCUCUUCCUGAUCUCCAGCGCUUCAUCCUAGUGGAUGACUCCAACAUGGUUUGGUCAACGCUGGUUGCUGCUCAAGGAUCCGGAUCUUCAGGGAUGAAGCACGCCAGAGUGGACAUUGUUUUAGACAACGCUGGUUUUGAGCUUGUCACCGAUCUAGUCUUUGCCGACUUUCUGGUUUCUGCCGGACUUGCCAAGCACAUCCGAUUUCAUGGCAAGUCCAUCCCGUGGUUUGUUUCAGAUGUCACCAAACAAGACUUUGAGUGGACCAUCAUGCAGACCAUGGCAGCCAAUCACAAAUGGAUGUCAGCCAGCGGCGUCCAAUGGAAGCAUUUCAUAAAGGACGGUACAUGGUCCUACCACGAUCACUCUUUUUGGACUUUGCCCCAUGAGUUCUGUGACAUGGCGGUGGAUGCAGCUGAUCUCUACAGCACGCUCCAGGGCUCCGAUCUGAUUUUCUUCAAAGGAGACCUCAACUACAGAAAGCUUACUGGCGAUAGGAAAUGGGAGCACACGGUUCCAUUUGAUCAAGCGUUGAGGGGGUUCCAGCCUGCCCCUCUCUGCAGCCUCAGGACACUGAAGGCUGAUGUUCAGGUGGGCUUACAGCCAGGCCAGGCCGAGAAGCUUAGCUCUCAGGAUCCAGACUGGAUGACUAAUGGCAAAUACGCUGUGGUUCAGUUUUCCAGUCCACACAGAGAACAGUAGGGUUGUUUCUAAAGAAAAGAGAGUCCUCACUGAUGAGGAAAUUACCAAGAAGGAAAAGAUCAUUGGCUAAAGGAUGCUGGUUCAGUUACCAGCAUGCCAAACAAACUUGUUGUUCUAUCUUUGCUUGUAUUUGUGUGUAACAGUUGUUUUGGUUGGAAGCAAAUCACGCAAUGAAUCCUACCGAUUCUGCAUAUCAAACACUGAAAUAAAUGUUAAACUAAAUAAUGUCCUUGUUGAUAGAAUAAUGGUGUUUUGAAACCUGACAAUCUUUUGAUCAUAGUUUACACAGUCGAUGAUUUCUGUUUGCACUGUUGAUCUGUAUUGUGUACAAGAACAGUUACUGAAAAAUACAGAUGUAAACAUGGCAGGAAAAAAAUUAAUAGGAAUCCAUACGUGUGUUGAACCUGAAUUGUAACUUCUAGUUAAAUGCUAUUGACCAAAACAUCUUGAGAAUAGUGAUAUAUGCAUUUCAGACUAAAACUGUGUAGUAUACAGAUAUUUCAAAUGUAUUAAUUUAUGCAUGGAGUGCAUAAUUAAAAUGAAACUAUUAAAGAAAACUGUUUUAAUUAAACAAUUCUAGUAAGGUAAUGGCAACAUGGAAUGUAUGAGGACACCAGUUCAUUUUUUUUUUUUUUUUUUUAACAA